AGAGCGCCACAUCUAAAUGACAGUUGAAUGCAUGGAAUUUACUGACUGAUGGGAAGUUGGAAACGAAUCAAUAAAAUACGCAUCAUUUAGCUAGCUACAACAUUUAUUUAUAUCUGCCAAAAAAAAAGCAACAAUGAUGAACGGAGAGAUUAACGGUUUUCACAACUCCCUUAUCGACGAGGACUGCUUCCUAUUCACCUCGGAGUCAGUAGGAGAAGGACACCCUGAUAAGAUUUGUGACCAGAUCAGUGAUGCUGUGCUUGACGCCCAUCUCAAGCAGGAUCCUGAUGCUAAAGUUGCUUGUGAGACUGUUGCUAAGACUGGGAUGAUCCUGCUGGCAGGUGAGGUGACGUCGCUUGCUACAGUGGACUAUCAGAAGGUGGUUCGCGACACCAUCCGCCACAUUGGAUACGAUGACUCCUCUAAAGGUUUUGACUAUAAGACCUGCAAUGUGCUGGUGGCCCUAGAGCAACAAUCUCCAGACAUUGCCCAGGGUGUUCACAUUGACCGCAAUGAGGAGGAUGUUGGGGCAGGGGACCAGGGCCUGAUGUUUGGCUAUGCCACUGAUGAGACGGAGGAGUGCAUGCCCCUCACCAUUAUGCUUGCCCACAAGCUCAACGCUAAGAUGGCUGAACUGCGUCGCAAUGGCACCCUGCCCUGGCUCCGGCCUGACUCAAAGACCCAGGUGACCGUUCAGUACCGCCAAGACCGUGGCGCCAUGUUGCCGGUGCGUGUCCACACCAUUGUGGUCUCCGUGCAGCAUGAUGAGCACAUCUGCUUGGAUGAGAUGCGUGACGCUCUCAAGGAGAAGAUUGUCAAGGCUGUGGUGCCCUGCAUUUACCUGGAUGAUGACACCAUUUACCACAUGCAGCCCAGCGGGCGCUUUGUCAUCGGAGGCCCACAGGGUGACGCUGGCCUGACAGGCCGUAAGAUCAUUGUUGAUACUUAUGGAGGCUGGGGUGCCCAUGGUGGAGGAGCCUUCUCAGGGAAGGACUACACUAAGGUGGACCGCUCUGCUGCCUAUGCUGCCCGCUGGGUGGCCAAGUCUCUGGUGAAGGCUGAGCUGUGCAAGCGGGUCCUUGUCCAGGUUGCCUAUGCCAUCGGAGUAGCCCAUCCCCUCUCAAUCUCCAUAUUCCACUACGGCACAUCUCAGAAGAGUGAGCGGGAGCUACUGGACAUCGUCAAGAGAAACUUUGACCUUCGUCCUGGUGUCAUUGUCAGGGAGCUGGAGCUGAAGAAGCCUAUGUAUCAGAGGACCGCUGCCUACGGCCACUUUGGCCGGGACUCCUUCCCAUGGGAGAUGCCCAAAAAGCUAAAAUACUAAACUUGUGAAGCCUUUUCCCCCCAGGCCUGUUGGUGUAUACUACAGAGAAGCUUACACGGUCUUGGGGGUGAAAGGCCCUUAACUCUCUUCCCUGUUAAUGGGGUAUUAGAACCCUACCCCCUUUCUACUUCCUCUCUCCAGUCAUCUGUACUGUAUUUUUGCUGUUAGUAGUCAAUGUAAUACUACCAACAUUCUCAAAAUAUUUCAGGAAAGUAAUGUUCAGAGGAUAAUAUGUUAGCUAGCUAAUCUCUUCCACCAGCCGUCUCGCUCUGACUCAUCUGGUUUCACAGCGCAUCAGAAAGGGACUUGAAUGGAGGCUAUGGCAGAUGCAGACAACUUCUGAUUCUAAUUUGCUGAUCUGUCCACCUAGAACACAACACUUAGAACCUCUUUCCCCCCUACAUUGUGGACUUAAGUGUGAACAGUAAAAGUUAAAAAAUAUAUAUUUAAAAAAUAACAAUUAAGUUAGGAAAAUCUGAAAGUACGUAUUAGGGUUUUACGACUACAAUAUUGAAUAUGAUUGACGGCUGUCGUUGAUGGUGAUAUUGUGACGUGACCGUGGACUAGCCUAUUUCAACUUGACUGGCAUCACGCUGUAAAGAGCUGGCCAGGCACGGACAUGCCAAGUGGCCUAUUCCUUUGCUCUAGCCUGCAUAACCUAUUUCAAUAAAUGUAAUAAGCAACUUACUGAAUGCAAGAGCAUCAUUUAGACGGGGCUAAGAUUUUCUUGCUUGGCUACCCAAACUCCUUGCUCAGGCCAAACACUACGCCACAGACGUAGUUUCUUCCCCGCACGGAGUUUGGAUACCUCACCGAUUUCUAGAACGCAUUCUAACGGGAAGGUAGCUGGAUUAAAUCCCUGCGCUGGCAAGGUAAAAAUCUGUUCUGCCCCUGAGCAAGGCAGUUAACACACUGUUCCCCGGGCACGACAACUUGGAUGUCGAUUAAGCCCCGCACCUCUCUGAUUUUGGUUAAAUGCGGAGGAAUCUUCAGUUAUAAAACUGACUAGGUAUCCCCCUUUCCUUUAAUUGGUCCCAGAAGCCAGAACACCUGGGUAACAAAUUUAAUUUUGAUAUUCUGAGUUGGUUAGGGAUGAUCUCAUCACUGACUUUGUUUUGUACAACACCCCUAUUUUUAAUUUUAUUUUUAGGAAUUUUACCCCCUUUUUCUCCCCAAUUUUGUGUUAUCCAAUUGUUAGUAGUUAAUAUCUUGUCUCAUCGCUACAACUCUCAUACGGGCUCGGAGAGACAAAGGUUGAGAGCCAUGCGUUCUCCGAAACACAACCCAACCAAGCCGUACUGCUUAACACAGCGCGCAUCCAACCCGGAAGCCAGACGCACCAAUGUGUCGGAGGGAACACUGCACCUGGCGACCUGGUCAGCGUGCACUGCGCCCUGCCUGCCACAGGAGUCGCUAAUGCGAGAUGAGACAAGGACAUCCCUGCCAAACCGUCCCUAACCCGGACGACGCUAGGCCAAUUGUGCAUCGCCCCAUGGACCUCCCGGUCGCAGCCGGCUGCGACAGAGCCUGGGCUCGGACCCAGAGUCUCUGAUGGCACAGCUAGCAGUGCCUUAGACCACUGCGCCACCCGGGAGGCCUCAACACUCUAUUUUGAGGUCACCAAAAACCUAACGUUAAUUUGAUAUUUUCUCUACAUUUCAUAUGAAUUCAGUUUUUAUGCGAGCUGGUUUUCUCCCGCUACUACUUCAAUGAAUUUAUUUAACGGUGCUCAAGGCUCUCAACGUUGAGUUUUUUUUUUUUGAAUGACCUAAACAUGAUUGGUGUAAGGUAAUGGGUAGAACAAACGAUAGUAAAAUUAAAUCUGUAAUUUUGAACAUGCCUUAGUUGCGAAGCUUGCCUUUGCAGGCCAUUUGAAUUAGUAUGCUUAUCAAAAGCAUUAAGACAAGUUAGUUAUGAAGCGUAUUUCUCAUAGGCUAUUCUAAUAGUGUUUUAAAAUUGCAGCUUUCAAAUGGGAACAAUUGUUAAAGUCAGUCUAUAGAUUCUCUAUCCACCUUGGGACGACAGGUAGCCUAGUGGUUAGAGCUUUAGGCCUGUAACCGAAUGUUGCUAGAUUGAAUCCCAGAGCUGACCAGGUAAAAAAUCUCAUUCUGCCCCUGAACAAGGCAGUUAACCCACUAUUCCUAGGCUGUAAUUGUAAAUAAGAAUUUGUUCAUAACUGACUUGCCUAGUUAAAUAAAUAAAAAUAUCACAGCUUUAUUUUGAUCUAAUACAGCUGUAGCAGUCUCGCUCCCUUUACUGCCUCGAUUUCUAAGCUACACCCCAUUCAAGUCCCACUUUGUUGUACAGUGUUACUAGGCUCUUUAUGCGGUUAGCCAAGUCUUCCUCUUCCAUUGGUCUUUCACACUACAACGCCUAGCCCCUGCCCAGCAUGACUGAGGAACUGUAAAUUCUGUAGUUUGGUUAUUCGGGCUUAGCUGUCCUUAUACUUAACUUUAGAAUAUUUUGCUUCUGUUAAGUCUGACUUACCAAGGCUACAUGUUGCAAUCAUAUUAAUUUACUGGUGCUACUGAAUGAAGGCCCCCUGCCCCUUAAUCGUUUCUCUUUGGUUGACACUACUUUCUGGUUUUGUCACCCACCCCAAAUCCUUUUUGAAGCUUUAUUUCACUCCCCUUUUCAUUUGUUGAGGAUGCAAGAAUGGAACAGUUAAGGGUCAGUAGUUGUUGCUAUUUUCAAAGAAAUGCUAUGCGUUGCAGGCUGAGAACCGAGACAAUCUUGAUUUAUUUUCAAGUAACUUUCUUGAAUAAUACGCAGUAAAAUCUGGGAUGCCCCUGCAGAUGUCUGUGCUGUUCUGAUGUAAUACAGAAAAGUCAGAAGCUGCUAUGUCACUGCUAUGGCCUGUAGGGGUGUUGCUUAUACUUGAUUGUUUAAAACAUGUUGUCAUUGGCAUGUCAUGUUAAACUCCUUCAAAAGGUAGUUUAAUUUCAUUUCAUUGCAAUCCUUUGGUAUUGAUGGCAGGUGUAGCUACAGAGAAACCACCAUCUUUAUCCUGAAGGAAGGCUGUCUUUGCCACAAUGAAGAGCUCUUAAUACUGGCACAUGUUUUUUAAAAAUAUUUAUUUGUUCUCUGAAUCUUGGUGUGGAUACAGAGAAGCCAAUGAUUCAGAAGGCAGCUUAAACCCCAGAGGGUUUUUAUUUUUUAUCUCGCAUUGACUUUACUGAAUGCUGUAACAUUUUCAAUGGUUCCAAAGUGUCCUACAGAAAAGCUUUGGUCUGCCUCCACGGAACUGUCACUGGCUGAUGUGAUGAGUAUUUUGGACUGCGGUUGUAUGGGGUGAGAUUGUAUUGACUACAUGUGUGGUCAAUACAAUGAGGCCAUUCUUAGCCCCCCGUUAUCCUUGCAUAAAGAGAUGGCAACGUUUGGCUGGUGUGGUACAGAGAAACCAGCCUCAUUUACAAGCUGUCACUUGUUUGUAUGGAUAGGGUUUCCCUCUGUGCUUUUAAAUAUUUUGACACGGGCUAGUCUUCUGGCUACUGAGUGUAAGAGUGCCUCCCCCCUUGUACUUUCUCCCCUCCUGCUCUUCAUCAACAGGUCCGACAUCCUGAGGAACAGGUAUCUUGUCUCAAUGCUUCUGUCUUCAGAGGUUAGAUACUGAUUUCUCAUGUCAAAGAUCUGCAAUAAAUGUCUGCUUUCUUUCAUGAA